UGCCUAGGAGCAACGUAUUAAAAAUAAACAUUUGUUGUGUACGCAAGAGAUUUUAACAAAAAUCAACGUGAAAAUGGAUAUAGCCGCGUUAUCCAACGAAAGUUUUAAUGCAAUUGAUUGGAUAAAUGGAAGCUAUAAUAAACAUUUGAAGGAAAUUGGAAAUGAAAUCGAUAAAAAAGGUCCGACCGAGAGUAAUGAUAAUGACUUCAUUGCUAAGGAUUUUAUUGCCAAAAAUGUUUCUAAAUUACACUUGUAUAUACAACAAGUGCAUAAUGCCGUUGAAGAAACAAGUCAGAAAGUAGUCUCGGGCAUGCCUCGGGUGGUCAAGGAUGCUUUAGAGCUUCAAACCGAGGUAGAGGAAUUAAAGAAACGCAUGCAUGCAAUGCGGAGAGAAAUGACAAAUGUUCAAGAAGAAACUGGAGAUUGUAUGGCAGCGUUGGAACGUUUGAAUACGAUACAAACUAAACUUCAAAAGGCUAAGGAGUCAUUGCAGGAAUCUGAUGGAUGGGGAAAUCUAAUUUGCGAGCUCGAAGAUUGCUUCGAACACAACAACUUGAAGGGAGCAUUCGACAAACUUCUAAGUCUUCAAAAAUCACUCCAAGUACAAGAACAAUUAGUUGGACAUGCAGAAAGACUCGCCCAAGUCGAAGAUUUUAAGAAUCGACUAGAAGCAGUAGCUUCUCCAAACGUUGUUCAGUGUUUCUCUGAAGGUAGCGUUGAACAUACUAAACAGUACGUAAGCAUAUUUUCUGGAAUUCAACGGGUAGCACAACUUGAGCAAUAUUAUCGGGCUGUUCAAAAGAACUCGUUGCAACAAAAAUGGAAGCAAAUACUGGAUAUGCAAGCAGCAGAAAGCUCAAAUCAAACUCAUUUUCUUUCAGUUUUUUAUAAUUAUUUAUUAGAGCAUUGCCAUCAGCAAGUAAAAUGGUGCGCACAGGUGUUUCAUAAUAUGCAAGGCAAUAUUCAGCCAGUUAUUGUUAUAAUAGAACUUUUACCGUCAUUGCAACCGUCACGUGACAGCUACAUAUUACAGUUGCUUAAGGCAUGUAAUGAGAGGUUAGAGCUUCUGGAGGAGUAUGCACAAGCGAAUCACACUUUCAUGGCGCAUCUGACGGCAUUCCUAGAGCAGUCGAAAAUUGAAUUGUCAUAUGAAACUCAUUGCCAAUUAUUGCAGUCUGUAUAUGGAUAUUUCCAUAAAUUCAUAGAGCAAUAUCCACGUAUAGAAGAGACUCAACUCUCAACUCAAGUAGAUAAAUUAUUAGUAAGCCAAACAUCGGCAGUGGAUUCGGUUCGUCAUUUGGACAAUUGUAAUCAAAAAAUGUUUGAUUGGCUGUCUGAUGCAUGUGAGCGAUGUAGCCAUAUAACAGAUGACUUAGGACUGUGUAGGCUUAUUGAAAUAAUAUGUGGAAUUUUGAAAAAAAUGCUGGAAAAUUUCUCAAAAACUCAACGUCAAAUAUCGCUAAGUAUAGAUAACGGUACAGAAAAUUGGUCAACACUACAAUGUUCUAUGUCACUUUUGCAAUGCUUGGCAGACUUUCAAAUUAAACUACAAAAGUUUGAAAAAUCUCUACAGAUCCGCAUGAGUAAGUUGAAAGAAAAUCUAAUUUCAACCAGUUCCUGCAAAAUCUCUGUUUAUAAAACCUACGAUAUCCAAGAGCAAAAAAAACUGAUAAGUAACAUUGAGAAAUACCAGAAAAAAAAUAUGGAAAGCAGUAGUGCAUAUGCAUCGUCUUCGAUAUUUUUUACAUUUAUUUAUGAUCAAAUUAAAAUACAUUGCGUGGAAACUCAUGAAAUAGCUCUAAACGUUUUGCUAAAGCCAAUAGAGGGACAUCUAUUAAGUAUUCAACCAUCACUUAACCCGUCUUCAGAUUCCUUGAUGCCAGCUAAUAUGCCAGAGUUCAGUUUCGCGCCACAAGAAUGCAUUACUCAAAUUGGGCAAUACCUACUAACCCUCCCUCAGCAUCUAGAGCCGCUUUUGUUUACGCCUUCGCCGUUGCUUAAACAAGGGCUGGAGAUAUGUAAUGUAAAAUAUACACAAGCCGUUCCGUGUGCCGACAUUUUAUUGUCCUUAGUAGUGGAACAAUGCUGUCAAGUGUAUCAAUCUCAACUUCUACAAAUAAAAAGCUUGUCUGCUAUCUCUUCCAAACAGUUUGCUGUAGAUAUUGAAUAUUUAUCGAGUGUAGUAGAAGACUUGGGACUAUCCAUUAGUGCUAAUUUAUCACAAAUUCUGAUCCUACUUAAAGCUGCACCGGAAAACUACCUAGCAUUGAGUGCUGGAUGUGAGCCCCGCUUGGUAACAGCCAUACGUCAAAUGCGCAAUAUAGUUUCAACUCAAUAAGUGACUAUAAACACCUUAUUUUACAGCCAUCUGUUACUCAAACUCCGAUUGUCUUUAUUGCGGUAUUGAUGGAAAGGCUAUUGGGACUUAGACACAUAGAGUUGUCCACAAAUUAUUAGGAGUGCAAUAUUUUGGUCAGUUUCGGAUAUUUCUUUUCUAUUUAUUUUAUGUUUAUUAUUAACCGACAUCACAAAAAGGAGAAAGGUUAUCAAUUUGUCGGGA